GGUGCGCACGGCCGUCGGUGCCCUGGACCAUGUCGGCAGCUGCGCUCCUGCUCAGCCUGGUGCUGCUGGCCCCUCGGGCGGCGGUCGCAGGCAUGGGCGCAUGUUACGACGGUGCGGGCCGGCCGCAGCGCUGUCUGCCGGAGUUUGAGAACGCAGCGUUUGGCCGGAGCGCAGAGGCCUCACACACGUGCGGCCACCCGCCCGAGGACUUCUGCUCGCACGUGGGAGCGUUGGGCACCACGGCGCAGUGCCAGCGCUGUGACGCUGCGGACCCUAAUCGCCACCACAAUGCCUCCUACCUCACCGACUUCCACAGUCAGGACGACAGUACCUGGUGGCAAAGCCCGUCCAUGGCCUUCGGCGUGCAGUACCCCACCUCGGUCAAAAUCACUCUCCGCCUGGGCAAGGCGUAUGAAAUCACCUACGUGCGGCUGAAGUUCCACACCAGUCGUCCUGAGAGCUUCGCCAUUUAUAAGCGCAGCCAUGCUGGUGGCCCCUGGGAGCCCUACCAGUACUAUAGCGCCUCCUGCCAGAAGACCUACGGCCAGCCGGAGGGCCUGUACUUGCGCCCAGGAGAGGAUGAGCAUGUGGCCUUCUGCACCUCCGAGUUCAGCGACAUCUCCCCACUGAGUGGAGGCAACGUGGCAUUCUCCACCCUGGAGGGCCGGCCCAGUGCCUACAACUUUGAGGAGAGCCCAGUACUGCAGGACUGGGUCACCAGCACCGAACUCCUCAUCUCCCUAGACCGACUCAACACCUUUGGGGAUGACAUUUUCAAGGACCCCAAGGUGCUCCAGUCCUACUACUAUGCUGUGUCCGACUUCUCUGUGGGUGGCAGGUGCAAGUGUAAUGGUCAUGCCAGCGAGUGCAGCCCCAGCGAGACAGGCCAGUUGGCCUGCCGGUGUCAACACAACACCACAGGCCCAGACUGUGAGCGCUGCCUGCCCUUCUUUCAGGACCGCCCUUGGGCCCGCAGCACAGCCGAGGCGGCCAACGAGUGUUUGCCCUGCAACUGCAAUGGCUACUCGGAGGAAUGCUCGUUUGACCGGGAGCUCUACCGAAGCACGGGGCAUGGUGGUCGCUGUCACCACUGUCGCCACCAUACUGCUGGCCCAUACUGCGAGCACUGCCAGGAGAACUUCUACAGAUGGGACACACAGAUGCCAUGCCAGCCAUGUGACUGCCAUCUGGCAGGCUCCCUGCACCUUCAGUGUGAUGGCUCGGGCACCUGCGCCUGCAAACCCACCGUGACAGGCUGGAAGUGUGACCGGUGCAUACCUGGGUUCCACUCGCUCAGUGAGGGAGGCUGCAGACCCUGCACCUGCAAUCCUGCUGGCAGCCUGGGUACCUGUGACCCCCGCAGUGGGCGCUGUCCCUGCAAAGAGAAUGUGGAAGGCAACCUGUGUGACAGAUGCCGCCCAGGAACAUUUAACCUGCAGCCCCACAACCCAGCCGGCUGCAGCAGUUGCUUCUGCUACGGCCACUCCAAGGUGUGUGCAGCCACCACCCAGUUUCAAGAGCAUCUCAUUCUCUCCGACUUCCGCCAGGAUGCUGAGGGCUGGGGAGCCAGAAGUGGAGGAGGCCCACAAUAUGCCGCACGGUGGACCCCAACGGGGAUCCUCCUGAGCCCAGAAGAUGGGGAGGAGCUCACAGCACCAGGGAAGUUCCUGGGAGACCAGCGGUUCAGCUAUGGGCAGCUCCUCACACUGACUUUCAGGGUACCCCUUGGGGUCUCCCCACCGCCCAUACAGCUAAGGUUGGAAGGGGCAGGCUUGGUCUUGUCUCUGUUGCACAUCAGCCUGUCUGAUGACUCCCAGGACACUGGGCAACCCGGGAAGAUGCAGCUCAGGUUCCAGUUGCAGGAAACCUCUGAGGACGCGGACCCUCUGCUGCCUGCCUUCCACUUCCAGCGGCUCCUUGCCAAUCUCACCGCUCUGCGCAUCCAGGCCAGCAGCCCAAGCCUGAGCCCUCUUGGUCAAGUGGUUCUGACUGAGGUCCGGCUCACAUCAGCCCAGCGGGGACUUUCCCCCACAGCCUCCUGGGUGGAGACUUGCUCAUGUCCCAAUGGGUAUGCAGGGCAGUUUUGUGAAUCUUGUGCUCCCGGAUACAAGAGGGAGACACCAAUGGGGGGUCCUUACUCAAACUGUGUCCCCUGUACCUGCAACCAGCAUGGCACCUGUGACCCCAACUCAGGGACCUGCUUGUGUGGCCACCACACUGAGGGCCCAUCCUGUGAGCACUGCCUGCCAGGUUUCUAUGGCAACCCCUUUGCAGGUCAAGCUGAUGAUUGCCAGCCCUGUCCAUGCCCUGGGCAGUCGGCCUGCACAACCAUCCCAGAGAGCAUGGAGGUGGUAUGCACCCACUGCCCCCGAGGCCAGAAAGGGCGCCGCUGUGAGAUGUGUGAUGAUGGCUUUUUUGGGGACCCACUGGGGCUCUCUGGGCCCCCACAGCCCUGCCACCUAUGCCAGUGCAAUGGAAACAUCGAUCCCAAUGCCGUAGGCAAUUGUGACCCCCGAUCUGGUCGCUGCCUGCGCUGCCUCUAUAACACAACGGGGGACCACUGUGAGCACUGUCAGGAGGGCUUCUAUGGGAGCGCCCUGGCCCUACGGCCUGCAGACAAGUGUGUGCCCUGUAGCUGCACCCCAAGGGGCUCGCUCAGUGAGAAGACACCCUGCCACCCAGUGACUGGCCAAUGCCCUUGCCUGCCUCACGUGACUGGACGGGAUUGCGGCCACUGCAGCCCUGGUUUCUAUGAUCUCCAGCCCGGGAGGGGCUGCCAGAGCUGCAAGUGUCACCCAGUAGGCUCCCAGAAGGGCCAGUGCCAUCCCAAGACCGGACAGUGUCCCUGCCGCCCAGGCGUCGGGGGCCAGGCCUGUGACAGAUGCCUGGAGGGCUUCUUCGGCUUCUCAGCCAAGGGCUGUCGAGCCUGCAAGUGCUCCCCUCUGGGCGCCGCCUCUGCCCAGUGCCACGAGAACAGCACGUGUGUGUGUAGGCCUGGCUUCGUGGGCUACAAGUGUGACCGCUGCCAGGACAACUUCUUCCUCACAGCUGACAGUUUGCAUUGUCAGGAGUGCCCACCCUGCUACACCCUGGUUAAGGAGGAGGCUGCCAAGCUGAAGGCCAAGCUGAUCCUGAUGGAGGGGUGGCUGCAGGGGUCUGGCUGUGGCACUCCCUGGGGACCAUUGGACAUUCUUCAGGGAGAGGCCCCACGGGGAGAUGCCUACCAGAGCUAUCACCCACUGCAAGGGUCCCAGGAAGCCUUCCUGGAGCAGAUGAGAGACCUGGAGGGUUCUGUGAAAGCUGCACGGAAGCAUCUGUGGGUGCUGAGCAAGAUUGCCCGCUGUGGCCAGGCCAGAGCUGAGAAGACCUGCGUCCAGCUGGCCAAUCUUGUGACAGUGCUGGAGUCUUCCGAGGAGGAAAUUCUGCACGCAGCCUCAGUGCUCUCAUCUCUGGUGAUUCCUCAGAAAGGACCCAGCCAGCUCACCAACUGGAGCCAGCAGGCCACAGAGGCACGAACUCUAGCUAGAAGCCACUGGGACAUCGCUACCAAGAUCGAGACCGCUGCACGACGUGCCCUGCUCGCCUCCAACACCAGUUACACGCUCCUCUGGAAUCUGGCAGAGGGCAGAGUGGCCAUGGAGACCCAGCAGGAACUGGAGAACAGGUACCAGGAGGUCCAGGAGGCCCAGAGGGCGCUGGGUGAAGCUGUGGCAGAGGUGCUGCCUGAUGCCAAGAGGGUGCUGGCCUCCGUUCGGCAAGUUGGCACAGACGGAGCUCCAAGCCUGGCCUCGCUGUCUACCCUGGGGACACUGCCUCAGGAGACCCUGGCCCAGGACUUGAACCUGAAGGUACAGACAUUGGAGCAGACAGUGUCAAUGAGAGAGCAUGUGGCCACCAAAGCUGUACAAGACCUUCAGGCUACCGUCCAGGAGGUGCUGCAGAAGAUGGAACCCCUCACACAGCUGCGCCAGGAGGCCAGAGCUGCCCUGACCCAGGCUUCUUCGUCUGUCCAGGCUGCCACAGUGACCAUCACAGGAGCCAGGACUCUGCUAGCUGAUGUGGAAGGAAUGAAGCUGCAGUUUCCUCAGCCUGAGGACCAAGCCACACUGCGAAGGAAGGCAAAUGUUGUCCGGGACAGGCUCCUUGCAGACACGAAGAAGAAGACCAAGCAGGUGGAGAGGAUGCUGGGAAAUGCAGCAUCUGUCUCCUCCAGUGCCAAGAAGAAGAGCAGAGAAGGAGAGCAGUUGGCCAAGGACAGUGCCAAGUCUGCCAAGGCUUUGCUGAGGAAGGGGAAGCAGGAGAAGCGUUGUGCUAGCCGGCUGGCCAGCCAGACACAGAUGACUCUCCACCAGGCCUCCCAGCAGGUGCUGGCCUCCAGAGCAAACCGAUGGGAGCUUGAGGAAGUGGAGCGGGUGGGUGCUGAGCUAAGCAAGAUGGAGCGGCAUAUCCGGGAGUCUCGUCUUUCCCUGGAGAUGGACAUCAAGACUUUGUCGGAGCUACUUGUUAGGCUGGGGUCACUGGACACCCAUCAAGCCCCAGCCCAGGCCCUGAACGAGACACAGCGAGCACUGAAACACCUGAGGCUUCAGCUCAGCUCACCGGGAGCCCUGCAAGGGAAACUGAGGCUGUUGGAGCAGGAGUCUGAGCAGCAGGUGCUCCUGAUCCAGAACUUUGAAAGUGACCUUGCGGAAAUCCGUGCUGACAAGCAGAACUUGGAGGCCAUCCUGCACAGCCUGCCCGAGAGCUGUGCCAGCUGGCAGUGA